UUGCCGUUACGGUGCUGCCACCUGCCGGUACCGGAGGGGGGUCUGUUCCCUGUCCCACUGUCGGUACCGGAGUGGGGUGUCCUCUCCGUGCCUGCCCCCUGCGGCGGAGCCCUUUUGGAGGGGAGGGCCUGGCCUCCGUCCCGCCGCCAUGAGGUAACGGGGAGGAGAAGGCGGGCAGCGCCCCCCCUCACAACGCCUGUCUAUCACCGCGACGGGCGUAGGCAGCAACCAAUCAGCGGCGGCGACGCGCAGCGUGGGGCGGGCUCAGUGCGUUCCCCGGCGCAAUCGCGGAAGGAAAUUUGGAUUUCUGAAAGCGGAGAGAGUCGCGGGUUGAACUUUAACCCGAGUGUUUUUAAUUUGCGCUGUUUCCGCCCAGGAAUCUCCCUCUAGAAAAGGCCAGGCUCCUAUAGAAAAGCCCAAGCUCCUAUAGAAAAGCCCAGCGUUGCCGCUCACGUCAAGUCUCGGCAGGUGCUGAAGCGAGAUGGGUUUUGCCGAGGACAAAGUCUACAAAUACAUUAUCCAGAACCUCGGGAACUUCAAGAACAUCCGUGUGGCAUCUCUGGCCGAUUCCCUCAGCUGCCUGACUGACGCCGACAGAGACGAACUUCACACACGGGAGGAGACGCGAGGGAGCCAAGCGACCGCCUAUAGGUUCUACCAAUACCUGCGGUGCCGGCAGGGCUGGGUGCAGGACUUGAUCGCCGCGCUGCGCCACAACAACGCCGGGGAUCUGGCCGAUGAGCUGCAGCACGUGUACGACUCCUGGCAACCCCGUCCCGCAGCUCCCGCCACUGCCUCCUCCCCUCCUGCGGCCAGCACUGCCCGUCCCGCCGUCUCCGUCGCUGCCCAAACGCCGUCCCCAGGGCCAAACCCUGUUCUGGGCGGCCCAUUGGCAGAGCAGCCGUGCCGAGACCUGCCUGUCGGUGGCCACUCGCCUCUCCUGCCCGAUACCACCACUACGAGUACAGACCUGGAUGCCAGGGCCCCAGUGCAGGAAUCGCUCCCCAAAAAGCUGGAGCAAGAGAGUCCCCAGCCACCUCCGCCUGGGAGCACAGUCCAUGACAGAUCCAGCGAUGGGCAUGAUGGAGAGGGACAUCUCCCGCACCCCACCGAGGCUGUGCAGGUGGCAGCAGGACCCCCCAGGGCUGGCACCGUGGCUGUGCCAUCGACCACCACCUCCGAUCAGGGCCGGGACUGGCUGAGCCGCCAGCAGCACCCGGUGUGUGUGGAUAACGGGCGUUUUGGGAAUGCCAACCACCUGCACCGCGGUGCGCCAGGCUUGGGUCUGGGCAGCUCCCUGCUGCCGAAGGCUGCGGGUGCUGCCGGCGGCCCCCAGCAGCCCAGGAACGAGCCUGAAGAGAGUUUCUAUAUGUCCACCGAGUCGCCCCCGAGGCCGGAGGAAUCUGCUCACAGCAGGGGGGUGCAGCCCCCAGACUCACCGCCAAAACAACAGGCUGUGCCCAGUUCUGAGCACGAUGGGCCCCCGAGCAGCUUCGUGGACGUGCGCAGCCCCCUGCUCAUACAGCAGCAGUUUGAUGCGGAGCAGAAGCGGGUUGAGAUGCUGCGAGAGCACGAAGCAGACAGAGACAGUUCGAUGGAAACAAGUACCCUGGUUGCUACCCUUGUGCCCAGAGACGCUUCCCUGUCCUGUGACACCUCCCUGAAGCCUCCUGUGCAAGAACAAUAUCUGCCCGCGGGGGAGGCAGCCAGCGGCCCCCGCUCCGUGCCCACGGAGGAGAAAGUGCUCCCAGCCUCGACAGUCCCGAUUCCAACAGUCGCAGGAAGCUUUGAAGUGACGUCUGGGAGGACGACGUCCCGGGUGAGCUCUGCCACGACCAUCUGGGCGCCUUGCGGCAGCAUGGAGGGGGAUGUGGAGCCCAGCAAGCCGGAUGUCCUCCUGUCCAUGCCUGGAGAGAGCCCAGAAACAGCUGGCAGGUGCCCAAGCUCUCGGGGACCCAGUGGCCACCAUUCCAGGUCAUCUGGUAGCCUCAGCUUCAGCAGUGACCCGCUCUUGAUGAGUACGGAUAGCUCCAGCUCGGGAGAAACGCUCUCCAGAGUCUCCUUGGGAUGUUCUGCUCCAGCAGACCGUGAAAACGCCAGGAAAAAGGAGAAACCUGGAGCAAGCGGAGACUCUUCUCCACCUUCGAGCUGGGCCAGCACCUCCCUGGGCACCCACGAGGUCCGUGUGGACCAUUACCCCAGCACCCAGCUCGGGGCGGGCAGCAGCCUCCAAGAUGGAGAAAAUCCCCUCGGAAACCCUCCGGUUUUUGACUCGUCUGAGGUCGUAGUCCCUUGUGUGCACAGCAUCAGACCGUCCCUGUCACACCUCGUGGGCAUCGCUGCAAUUUCAGCUCUGGCGUUCCUGGUGUACACUCGGUUGCGGAAAUAGCGCUGGAGCGGAGGGGAUGCCACGACUGUCGCUCAGCCUCGGCGAUUCCUCUUCAGAGCAGGGAUUUGGCCAACGUUUGAGCAGCGGCAGGGAUGGUAUGGGUGUUGUUAAAUCUCUUUCUGGAAGGUUUUGCUGGAAGGGGCCUUGGUUGUGUGGUGCUGUUGGGUUUGGGUCUGUUCUGCCACUGUUUCCCAACAAUCUUCUUGUCUGUAGCCUUCUCCUUUUACACCCACAGAGAGGAUCUCACUCUGGGAGCAAUCCCUUGAGUCAAAAAAGAAGGUUCUCAUGCCGAUUCUCCAUGUUUUCGUUGUUUGGUCCCAGGAGGCCCCAGGGAAACAUGUCCUGGUUGUCCACAGGGUGACCCUCCAGGUCCCUGCAGGCAGCACAGCCAGGAGAGGUUUUGCAGAUCCAUAAAAGUGGAGCUGAUUUUACUGGCUCUGCUCAUCUUGGCUUGAAAACCUGCCCGAGGGUCUGUGCAGGAGCCUUCACCUCACGUUGAAUUUGUAUUACUCGGUGUCUCUGCCUUUGCUGCUGGGACCUUUGUCUGUUUUUACUGCUGCUUUUUGGUGGUGCUGAAUGCGCGGGCAGCCUCGCAAUCACAGGCCCUGGUUGUGGUGGGGGAUGUUUGUUAGAAGGACUAUUUGGCUGGCCAGCCACAGUCUAGACUGUGCCUGAAUGCACGGGCAGGACCCUGUGCAGCAAGUGACGCUCCUUUGUGACAAAGAGACAUCCCUGUGAUGAAAAAGUGCCAGGCCAGGGCACACGUGAGCUGUCCCCUCUCCCAGGAACUGUCAUCCUGCUUGGGUGCUUUGCUUUGGAGUAUCCUCCCCACUCCCAAGGGUCAAGGAUGGGCACUGACACCCUGGGAUGAAGCUGAAGGGCAGGAAAGAUCCACAUCUCUCCACCUUUCUCGAGGAUCAACCUCAUUUCAACUUUGAGGAAAAUGAUGAGGCCUCUACAGACAGCUGAGAGCAGCCUCGCGAUCACAGGCCCUAGUUGUGGUGGGGGAUGUUUGUUGGAAGGACGACUUGGUCGGCCAGCCCCAGUCCAGGAGGUUCCUCCAGUGCCUUGACGAUAACUUUCUGAUGCAAAGGGUAGAGGAGCCGACUGGGAGAGGUGCACUGCUGGACCUCAUCCUCGCUAACAAGGAGGCUCUGGUUAAAGCGGUAAAGGUUGAGGGCUGCCUUGGUUGCAGCGACCACGAAAUGGUGGAGUUCAGGAUCUCAUGUGGCAGGAACAAAAUAACAAGCAGAAUUGCAACCCUGGACUUCAGCAGGGCAAAAUUUGGCCUUUUCAGGCAAUUGCUGGCGGAAAUCCCAUGGGCGAGGCUGCUUGAAGGUAAAGGGGCCCAGGAUAGUUGGUCAGUGUUCAGGGACUGGUUCUACCGGGCACUAAAUCAGAACAUCCUGACACGUAGGAAGUCAAGGAAGGGAGCCAAGAGACCUGCAUGAUUGAACAGGGAACUGCUGGGUGUGCUCAAGUGGAAGGGAAGAGUUCAUAGAUCGUGGAAGGAGGGGCUGGCCUCUUGGGGAAAAUAUAAGGCUGUUGUCAGAGGGUGUAGGGAGGCAACUAGGAAAGCUAAGGCCUCCUUAGAAUUAAACCUGGCUAGAGGGGUCAAGGACAACAGAAAGAGCUUUUUCAAAUAUGUGGCAGAUAAAACUAACAGCAGAGGCAAUGCAAGCCUGCUGAUGAAUGAGGUGGGUGCCCUGGUGACAGAAGAUACAGAGAAAGCAGAGUUACUGAAUGCUUCUUUGUCUCUGUCUGCUCUGCCGGAGGCUGUCCUGGGGAGCCCUGUACCGCUGAGGCCCCAGAGGAGGGCACGACAGUGGAGGAGUUUGCCUGGGUUGAUGAGGACUGGGUUAGGGAGCAGUUAGGCAAUCUGGACAUCCAUAAAUCCAUGGGUCCGGAUGGGAUGCACCCGCGGGUGCUGAGGGAGCUGGCUGAGGUCAUUGCUGGACCACUCUCCAUCAUCUUGGCCAAGUCUUGGGAAAUGGGAGAGGUGCCUGAGGACUGGAGGAAAGCAAAUGUCACUCCAGUCUUCAAAAAGGGCAGGAAGGAGGACACAGGUAACUAUAGAGCAGUCAGCCUCACCUCCAUCCCUGGGAAAGUGAUGGAACAACUUAUCCUUGGUGCCAUCUCAAGGCAUAUCAGGGAUAAGAGGGUCAUUAGGGGCAGUCAGCAUGGCUUCACCAAGGGGAAGUCGUGCUUGACCAACCUCAUUGACUUUUAUGAGGACAUAACAAGAUGGAUGGUUGAUGGCAGAGCGGUGGACGUGGUCUACCUUGACUUGAGUGAGGCAUUUGACACAGUGUCCCACACCGUCCUCACAGCCAAACUGAAGGAGUGCGGUCUGAAUGACCGGGUAGUGAUGUGAACUGUGAACUGGUUGAAGGGAAGAAGCCAGAGAGUCGUGGUCAAUGGGGCAGAGUCCAGUUAGGCCUGGAUCUAGUGCAGUGCCUCAGGGGGCAGUGCUGGGACCGGUAUUAUUCGAUAUAUUCAUCAUUGACUUGGAUGAGGGAAUAGAAUGACUGUCAGCAAGUUUGCUGCUGACACCAAGCUGGGAGGAGUGGUGACACUGGAAGCUGUGCUGCCAUCAGAGACCUGGACAGGCUGGAGAGUUGGGCAGGAAAAAUGUAAUGAAAUAGAACAAGGGCAAGUGUAGAGUCUUGAAUCUGGGCAGGAACAACCCCAGGUUCCAGUAUAAGUUGGGGAAUGACCUAUUAGAGAGCAGUGUAGGGGAAAGGGACCUGGGGGUCCUGGGGACAGCAGGGUGACCAUGAGCCAGCACUGGGCCCUUGUGGCCAGGAAGCCAAUGGUACCUGGGGUGGGUUAGAAGGGGGUGGUCAGUAGGUCAGAGAGGUUCUCCUGCCCCUCUGCUCUGCCCUGGGGAGACCACACCUGGAAUAUUGUGUCCAGUUGUGGCCCCUCAGUUCCAGCAGGACAGGGAACUGCUGGAGAGAGUCCAGCGCAGCCACCAAGAUGCUGAAGGGAGUGGAGCAUCUCCCGUGUGAGGAAAGGCUGAGGGAGCUGGGGCUCUGGAGCUGGACAAGAGGACACUGAGGGGUGACUCAUUCCUGGGGAUCAAUAUGGAAAGGGGGAGUGUCAGGAGGAUGGAGCGAGGUUCUUCUCGGUGACAAACAAUGAUAGGACAAGGGGUAAUGGGUACAAACUAGAACACAGGAGGUUCCACUUAAAUUUGAGAAGAAACUUCUUCCUGGUGAGGGUGGCAGAGCCUGGCCCAGGCUGCCCAGGGAGGUUGUGGAGUCUCCUUCUGUGCAGACAUUCCAACCCGCCUGGACACCUUCCUGUGUAACCUCAUCUGGGUGUUCCUGCUCCAUGGGGGGAUUGCACUGGAUGAGCUUUCCAGGGCCCUUCAACCCCUGACAUUCUGGGAUUCUGUUAUUUCACCCCCCUCCGGCCAGGGAAAGGGGGAUUAUGGCUUUAAUAGGAAUGUUUCACACAAAGCCAGCGUUAAGUGGACUUGCUCCCACACAGGAUUAUUGGGCAUCUUUGAUCUUUAGGCUAUAAUUUUAGCACCUGGCUGGGAGGGUGGAUGUAGUUCUUGUUUUUCCCGCUACCUGGUGCUGUGGGGUAGGAAUAUGUGAUAGGAAUAUGGGAAACUUGUGUCCAAGCUGCAACACAAAUAGGAUCGACUGUGUACAAUGCAGGGAGGCCAGAGCUGGUGGUUGAGAUGCUCUGGGUUAUCCUGAAGGUUUAAAAUUGCAAUCUGUCAUUUCCCUGCUGUCCCCCAGGGAUCAGCUUGGAACACGAGGGGACUGGGCUGCAAGAUUUCGAAGAUAAAAUCCUCAAACCCAAAUAAAUAUCCUCAGCUUCCCCCUGCCCGUGGCAGCGUUCGGGGGCAGAAGCAGCCCCGCUUAGUUUCUGCUGAUACCAGUUCUAGCUCUAGGCAGAGUUCAGCGAUCACCAGCUGCCCACUUCUGCAGCUGCAAGGUGUUCCUGAUCUACUCCCUCCCAAAAUCACAGAAGUAGCAAAACUAUUUUCAUGUAGUUAGAGGGUUGUUAUAGCGAGAGGAUUUUCUUUUUUGAGCUCUAAAGAUGCCAGCGCAGACUUUUGGGUGUUCCCACCCUCCUGUGAUACGCUGCGGGGGCAGCAGGGGAGCUGAAUUUGCACAGAACUCGUGCCAUGGGCUGGCAUGAUUUGAAUCCAGCAAGCGCCAAGGAUGCCGUGGGCUUCAAACCGUGGCAGUGGCCUGGUGCUGAUGUCCAGGCUGUUGCUUCUUCCCUGCUUUACUGUGGCCAGUAAUUUAUUCCUCCUGGAUUGCUGCUGUUUGGUAACAGCUUCCCAAAAUACGGCCUGCCUGCUGGAGAUGAGCUCCCCAAACCCGGCUGCAAAGUGCAGCCGUCGUGUGAACCAUGAGGACAAGAAAUUAUCUGCGAUAGCGAGGGGUUGAUCUUGAUCUGACAGGGCUGCUCUGCAGGUGAACCGGAGGUGUUCAGUGCUUGCUCUGCGAUGGGUGUUUUAUCUGUCAGAGGGAGGGAUGGAGCUUUUAAAGAAUUGUAGAAUCUUUUUGGUUGGGUUGGAAAGACCCUCAAGAUCAUCGAGUCCAACCAUAACCCAGCCCUGGCACUGCCCCAUGUCCUGAGAACCUCAUGUACGUCUGUCCAACCCUCCAGGGAUGGUGACUCCAGCACUGCCCUGGGCAGCCUGUUCCAAUGCCCCACAGCCCUUUGGGGAAGAAAUUGUUCCCCACAUCCAACCUCAACCUCCCCUGGCGCAACUUGAGGCCGUUUCCUCCACUCCUGGUGCUUGUUCCUGGGGAGCAGAGCCCGACCCCCCUGGCUCCAAGCUCCUUUCAGGCAGUUCAGAGAUCAGAAGGUCUCCCCUCAGCUCCUGUUCUCCAGCUGAACCCCCCAGGUCCCUCAGCCGCUCCAUCACACUUGUGCUCCAGCCCCUCACCAGCUCCGUUCCCUUCUCUCCACUCGCUCCAGUUCCCGAGGGGCCCACACUUGAGCUCCUCUGCCAGCAGAGGGAACACGGGGGCUGUUCUCCCCAUUUAAAGACAAGGUGACUUGUCCAAAACCUGCCCACAAGUGGGGUGCAGGACCCCAGAUUCCCUGUCCCCAGUAAACUGUUUAUUUUUUUUGCCCUUUUCAUAAUUUUGCCAGGCUUCAUAGGGACCUGUCAGCUCCCCACGAAAGCUGCAGUUUUCAGCACUAAGAAUUGCACUUUAUUAUUUGCAGUAAGGAAAUCUCCCCAUAUCCUUUCACCUUAAGAGGCUGAUGCUUACCACUGAAUAUUGCACCAAAAUAAAGCAGAAUACACAUUGUAAAGCAGAAUACACUUUGUAAAGCAGAGUACACGAGCCUGCAUAACCACACACCAGAAUCCAUCCAAAACUUCAUUAAGGAGCGGGGGUGUGUGCCUUCUCCAUGCAGUUUCUGUGUGAUCCAUGAGAUCCCAAACCAGCAGCAUCUGUACCAAGGCCCUUUUCUCUGAUGCUUUACUUGCCUGCAAAAUUCUUCACACAUUUCCCCACUACAUUUUAGCAAUGGUUUGUGUGUUUUGCCUUUUCACAUCGAAUCACUCUUGUGAAACAGCUGGUUUAUCGCCACUUCAGACUCGAUUGAAAACAGACAUUGGGUUUUCUGCUGUGAAGUGCCAGCGUUUUCGGAGUUGUAACGUAGCACUUUGAAAGUGUAAUCGCCAGGUGAGCCUGCAGGGAAUUAUCCCUGCACAUCUUUUAAAUAAAAGCUUGUUACUAAUUGUAUAAUAAAAUCAUUUCCCACUUGACACUCAA